AUUUAUUUGAAGAACCAGCUGAUGACAUACAUGAUAAUUUCUAGUGCUUUAGGGGAGCAUCAUGAAAUCAAUGGAGGAGCAACAAAUGAAUUCAAUGAAUGGAAGCUUUACUUACUCUCAGAUUGCCAAAAUAACUUCAAAUUUCAAAACGGUUAUUGGGAAAGGAGGAUUUGGGGAAGUUUACCAUGGCCUCUUGAAUGCUGACACUCAUGUUGCUGUUAAGGUCCUGUCUUCGUCAUCAAUGCAAGGCUAUAAAGAAUUUCAAGCAGAGGUAAAACUUAUGACAGUUGUUUGUCAUGAAAAUGUGGUGUCUGUAAUGGGAUACUGUGAUGAAGAUGGUAAUAAGGCAUUGAUAUACGAAUACAUUGCCAAUGGAAAUCUGAGACAAUAUUUAUCAGAGAAGAGUGAACGAAUUUUGAGUUGGGGUGAAAGGCUUCAAAUUGCUGUAGAUGCUGCGCAUGGGUUAGAGUUUCUUCAUGGUUGCAAGCCCCCAAUAGUGCACAGAGAUUUGAAACCAGCCAACAUCUUAUUAACUGAAAACAUGCAAGCCAAGAUAUCAGACUUUGGACUAUCCAGACUUUUUUCAACAGAAGCCUCUCAUGUAUCAACUCGCCCCGCAGGCACAUUUGGAUAUCUAGAUCCUGAAUCUUACACAAUAGGACGCAUAAGUAAGAAAAGUGAUGUCUACAGCUUUGGGAUAAUUCUACUAGAGCUAAUUAGUGGUCAGCCGGCAAUCAUAAGACAGGGCAAAGAGGAUGACAUUCACAUACUUCGAUGGAUUUGUCCUUUAUUUGAUAGAGGGGAUAUCCGGAGCAUCGUUGAUCCAAGGCUACAAGGUGAAUUUAACAUCAAUACCGCUCGAAAAGCAAUCAAGAUAGCAAUGUCAUGCGUGUUGCCAAUUAGACAAAGGCCAGACAUGAGUCAUGUGCUGGCAAAACUUAAGGAGUGUUUAGAUGUAGAGAUGGGUUUCAGAAGUUUAGAUGAGACUGGUUGGUUGACCAAUGCCCUAGUCAAAAUUUUCAGAAGCACAAGGAGGAAACAAAAAGGGGCCAUUGUGAAACCAAAGAAAGAACCGCCAAUGAAUCCAAAGAUUGGGACCUUUAGCUACUCUCAGAUUGUUAAAAUAACUUCAAAUUUCAAAAAAGUUCUUGGGAAAGGAGUAUUUGGGAAUGUUUAUUUUGGCACCCUGGAUGAUGGCAGUCAUGUUGUUGUAAAGGUUCAGUCUUCAUUAUCAGUGAGAGGUGAUGAAGAAUUGUCGACAAAGGUAAACUUGAUGACAGUUUUGCGUCAUGAAAAUCUGAUUUCUAUCGUGGGUUAUUGUGAAGAAAAUGGUAACAAGGCAUUGAUAUACGAAUACAUGUCUAAAGGAGAUUUGAGGCGACAUUUAUCAGAGAAAAGCAAAAUAAUUUUGAGCUGGAAUAAAAGGCUUGAAAUUGCUAUAGAUGUUGCCCAAGGUUUGGAGUAUCUACAUUAUGUUUGCAAGCCACCAAUAAUCCAUAGAGGUUUGAAAUCCCAGAACGUCUUAUUAACCGAAAAGAUGAAAGCCAAGAUAUCAAUAAGUGGUUUUGAUGUCACAGUUGGAUACUUAGAUCCCGAAUUUUAUAGAACUGGACACAUAACUGAGAAAAGUGAUGUGUAUAGCUUUGGGAUAAUUCUGCUAGAGCUGGUCACUGGUCAGCCAGCAAUCAUAAGACGAGGUGAAGAGGAUGAGGAUGGCAUCUUCAUAAUUCAGUGGAUUAAACCUUUAAUUGAAAGUGGAGAUAUCCAGAAUAUCAUUGAUCCAAGGUUACAAGAUGAAAUCAACAUCAAUGUAGCAUGGAGAGUAGUGGAGAUAGCAAUGUCAUGUGUGUUUCCAUUACGAACCCAGAGGCCGGACAUGGUUCGUGUACUAGCAAGACUUAAACAGUGUUUGGAUAUAGAGAUGUGUUAAGAAGCUCAAGAUUGGGCCAAAAUGAAUGGAGAUCAAGAAGAUGCAAAAAAAAAAAAAAAAAUGCAGAGGAACAUCCAAAAGAUAUAUAACAGAGAUGGGUGUGUGUAAUGGAGGGUGUAACGGAGGAGGGUAAACGUAGCUUUAUCCAUAGGAAAGGAGAAAGAGAAAGAAAGGGCUGGGUGCGUUUGGGCGUUA